GGCUUUUGUCCAAUUUGGGACUGCGCAACAAAACGGUGCGUUUGUCACCGGAUUCGUUGUAGCACUGCCACUGGUACGGCGCCGUUCAAAUCAGGACCAUGAGCUUUUUUUCCUCUCUUUCUACGAGGCCUGAGAUUUUUGUGGGAUUUAAUCUGUGUGGUUACACCCACAUUGUUGGAGCUAGUCAUGGAAGCGUUAGUGAAGAAAUAUCAGCAAAAGUUCAAAAAGGUUAGGGACGAGAUGAACCGUUGGGAUGACCUCCAAUCUCGCUUACUUUCACAGUUCAGGAAUGUCUCCUCCAUCAUCGAGAGGUUGCAGGUGCUUCAGGACUCCAAAAACUAUGGUGCUCUGAAUUGCGUGGACAACAUUGUAGACACGGUGCUAAGAAAGCAGAUGGAGUCUUUGGAGAUUAUUUUGGUUUCUAUGAAAAAAACCAUGGAAGAGUUUCAUAGAAUUGUUUUGUCAAUUGAGAAGAUUCAUGGAGAUAGUAGACAGCAAAUUAAAGGUGGUUCUGGUAAGCCGAGUGCGAAACAACUGCAGCAACGAAUUGGCAUAAAACCCAGUCUGGCUGAUUGCUUAGAUGGGCUUAUGGUUCUUUAUGACAUGCACCAUUCAGAGUACCUUCUUAAAAAAUCAGUGGUUUCAGCACUACCAGCACUUACCUUUAAACCCAGUGCCAGUGACCUAUGUGCUCUCCAACAACUCUUGGUUGAUCAGCCUAACAUCCCCAAAGAGGAAGUUCAAUCCAUCUUUGAUGUGAUAUUUGCAGAAGAAAUUUGUUGAUUUCACCGUAUGAUUGGGUAGAAAGUUUUGUAUUGUGGAUACCUGGAGCUGUGCGCAUAAUGGAGUUUGUUUGAAUCAUGUAAUGGACAACCGGAUGCACUUUUCUUUAGAAAGUUUUAUAGUUUUUCAAUAGGAUGUUGAAACAUGCUUACACACUUUGGUGGUUCAUAAAUGAUUGUUUUGCAUAUUGAUGUUGAAGUAAAAGAGAGAGUGAGCUGAUUUUGGUA